UCUGGGGGAUAAAACAUCUGAAGUUUUAAAUUACACAUAUAGUAGUGUCAUAUAUUUUAUGCAAGUGUCGCCCUUUGUAGCGUCACAGUUAAUACAUAACAUUUUACAGUUUUGUUUUACAAUCACAAUCAUCAAUCAUUUAUUGCCAGAUAUAAGGUUUAUAGAGUCUGUCCUUUCAUUUGAAUAAAUUUUAAAUAUUGACAUAUUGACUAGAUUAAACAAAGCAGAAUCAACAAACUAUUGAAAAGAGGUAGAGAAAGUAAAGCUGCAGACACUACUUUUUGUUUUUGUCUGAAGACAAUUUAAAGUCAGAUUUCCAGUCUUUGCCUAUUAAUAAAAAUAUUCAAUAUGUAAAUAUGUGUGUAUAUGUAAAGAGAUGGUACCAUCAGAAGGUUAUACCUGUUAACAUAUAUUUGUUGUAUUAAUAAUCACUGGAGAAUAUUUUGAACAUCUGACAUUCAGAAAUUGACCUUGUUUUUAAAGUAUGAUUGGAUAUAUUUAUCAUCAAGGUAAAGAACUGGUUGAUUUCCCUACAUACCUACAUAUUCCUUAUCACUUUGUUAUCAUUUAUUAUUAAAACUAUUUGAGUUGGUCCUUCUGAAACGUGACAAUUCAGAUAAUUAGUUAUUGCUGCAAGUCUCUACAGUUAAUGCAGCGGUCAUGAGUCCGAUUUUAUUAAACUUCCACCAGAGCCACAGAAGACUUUUACACCUGUUUCUAAAGGCUGAGUUGCAAUCCUUAAAGUCUGACUGUUACAUAUUUUGCUUUGUUACAAUAUCCAUAACCAGUCCAUACUCUAUUCUGUACACUUGUGUACUUUCUGGUGCUGGUCUGAGGCUGCCUGUGUAAAUCCAUAAAAUGAUAAGUGGGGAUGUUUAUCAGAUGGUAGUAUUGUUUCAGUUGGGGAGGAGACUGGAGAAUUUCUUUAACAGGAAGUCUAGCAGAGCCACUCGAGGCCAGGACAGUAACCACCUCUCUCCAACCGAGGACUAUAACUUAUAUAUGGUUCACUAGCUUUUAGACAGAACUUUCUAAAUGUAUUGCUCUUCUUUCUACAUCUGAAAGACUCUGUGGUGAAUUCAAUUUGGUUUUGGCAUCUAGCUCAACCACAGGAAAUAGGACGAGUGUCACCAACAACUGUAGCAGCACUGGCUGAUACAGGAGGGAAGCCAUAAUGGCGACACUUAGAGAGGAGCUCUUGAAUAUUCUGCUGGAUUUAAAUGAAGACCAGUUUAAGCUUUUCAAAUUUCACCUGAGAGACGAUGGCAUCCCACUGGCUGACCUGGAGAAGGCAGACAGGCCGGACACGGUGGAGCUCAUGAUAAAUAAAUAUCUGGAUCGUGGAGCUCUGAAGGUAACCUUGAAGGUUUUACAGAAGAUCAGCAGGAAUGAUCUGGUGGAGCGUUUGCAAAACUUCAGACCGAAAGUCACAGAAACUAAAGAACCCCCAACAACCACCCAUCCACUGGCUCUCGCUCUGGGCGACUUUGUUGAAGAACAAAGUCUCGAUCCUCUUGAGUUAGCUUUCAUGGCUGGCACUGUUUUUAAAGAUUUCAACCCAUUUCAUGUUGGUGCUCACACAGAGGGAUCUAACAAAAAGAAGGCCAGACCACUAAGGUGGGUCCAGCAGUUUGCAGUAGAAGUGACUCUGGAUCCUGAAACAGCACAUCGUGCCCUCUUCCUCUCUGAUGACGGGAAGCAAGUUCAUGAUGGUGACGUAUGGAAGAAUCUCCCAGACAACCCUAAAAGGUUCAAGAGAUGCGUCAAUGUAUUGGGAAAACAGAGUUUCUCCUCAGGAAAAUUUUACUAUGAGGUUCAGGUGAAAGGGAAGACUUCCUGGACUUUAGGAGUGGCCAAAGAGUCGAUCAAAAGGAGGGGACAAAUCACACUGGGCCCUGAUGAUGGUUUCUGGACUAUAUGGUUAAGAAAUGGAGAUGAGUACAUGGCUAAUGAUGACACCCCAGUCUGUCUCACCCUCAAUCACCAUCCUCAGAAGGUUGGAGUGUUUGUUAAUUAUGAGGAGGGUCUGGUCUCCUUUUACGAUGUAGAAGCUGCAGAUCAUCUUUACACCUUCACUGACUGCUCCUUCACUGAGAAACUCUACCCAUUCUUCAGUCCCUGCACUAAUGAUGGUGGUACUAACUCUGCCCCUCUGAUAAUCUGUCCGAUCAAUCAUGAUGAAGCAUAUCAAAGAAAGAAGGCUGAGCUGCAGAGUGUCCAGCAGUUUGCAGUGGAUGUGACUCUGGAUACUGAUACAGCACAUCCCAAUCUCAUCCUGUCUGAUGAUGGGAAACAAGUACAUCAUGGUGAUGUGAGGAAGAAACUCCCAGACAGCCGUAAGAGAUUCAAUAGUUGUGUUAAUGUCUUAGGAAAGCAGAGCUUCUCAUCAGGAAGAUUUUACUUUGAGGUUCAGGUUAAAGGGAAGAGGGCCUGGACUGUAGGAGUGGCCAAAAAGUCAAUUGACAGGAAGGGAAAGAUCACACUCAGUCCUGAAGAUGGUUUCUGGACUGUAUGGUUAAGGAAUGGAGAUGAGUACUCGGCUAAUGAUGACCAUCCAGUCCGUCUCUCUCUGAAUCAGCGUCCUCGGAAGGUUGGGGUAUUUGUUGAUUAUGAGGAGGGUCUGGUCUCCUUUUACGAUGUAGAAGCUACAGAUCUUCUCUACUCCUUUACCAACUGCUCCUUCACUGAGAAACUCUACCCAUACUUAAGUCCCUGUAAUAAUGACAAUGGUAGAAACUCUGCCCCCCUCAUCGUAUCUCCCGUCAGUCACAAUGAAGAAUAUGAAAGAAAGAAAGCUGAGCUGCAGAGUGUCCAGCAGUUUGCAGUGGAUGUGACUCUGGAUCCUGAUACAGCACAUCCUGCUCUUUUCCUCUCUGAUGACAGGAAGCAAGUUCAUGAUGGUGAUGUGUGGAAGAAACUCCCAGACAGCCCUAAGAGAUUUAAUAGUUGCGUUAAUGUCUUAGGAAAAGAGAGUUUUUCAUCAGGAAAAUUUUACUUUGAGGUUCAGGUUAAAGGGAAGACAACCUGGACUGUAGGAGUGGCCAAAGAGUCAAUUGACAGGAAGGGGAAUAUCACACUGGGUCCAAAAUAUGGAUUCUGGACUGUAGGGUUAAGAAAUGGAGAUGAGUACAAGGCUAUUGCUUCUCCUUCAGUUAAUCUCUCUUUGAAUCAGCGUCCUCAGAAGGUUGGAGUGUUUGUUAAUUAUGAGGAGGGACAGGUCUCCUUUUACGAUGUAGAAGCUGCUGAUCUUCUCUACUCCUUUACUGGCUGCUCCUUCACUGAGAAACUCUACCCAUUCUUUAGUCCCUGCACUAAUGAGAAAGGUAGAAACUCUGCCCCACUCAUCAUAUCUCCUGUCAAACACAAUGAAGAAUAUGAAAGAAAGAAGGCUGAGCUGCAGAGUGUCCAGCAUUUUGCAGUGGAGGUGACUCUGGAUACUGAUACAGCACAUCCUGCUCUCAUCCUCUCUGGUGAUGGGAAACAAGUACAUCAUGGUGAUGUAUGCCAGAAUCUCCCAGACAGCCCUGAGAGAUUCAAUAGUUGUGUUAAUGUCUUAGGAAAAGAGAGUUUUUCAUCAGGAAAAUUUUACUUUGAGGUUCAGGUUAAAGGGAAGACAGCCUGGACUGUAGGAGUGGCCAAAGAGUCAAUUGACAGGAAGGGGAAGAUAACAUUCAGUCCUAAAUAUGGUUUCUGGACUGUAGGGUUCAGAAAUUUAGAUGAGUACACAGCUUAUGAUGCCCCUUCAGUUGACCUCUCUCUGAAGAUGCCUCCUCAGAAGGUUGGAGUGUUUGUUAAUUAUGAGGAGGGUCUGGUCUCCUUUUACGAUGUAGAAGCUGCAGAUCUUCUCUACUCCUUUACCAACUGCUCCUUCACUGAGAAACUCUACCCAUUGUUCUGUCCCUGUACUAAUGACAAAGGUAGAAACUCUGCCCCCCUCAUCAUAUCUCCCGUCAGUCACAAUGAAGAAUAUGAAAGAAAGAAAGCUGAGCUGCAGAGUGUCCAGCAGUUUGCAGUGGAUGUGACUCUGGAUCCUGAUACAGCACAUCCUGCUCUCUUCCUCUCUGAUGACAGGAAGCAAGUUCAUGAUGGUGAUGUGUGGAAGAAACUCCCAGACAGCCCUAAGAGAUUUGAUCGUUGUGUUAAUGUCUUAGGAAAAGAGAGUUUUUCAUCAGGAAAAUUUUACUUUGAGGUUCAGGUUAAAGGGAAGAGGGCCUGGACUGUAGGAGUGGCCAAAGAGUCAAUUGACAGGAAUGGGGAUAUCACACUGGGUCCAAAAUAUGGAUUCUGGACUGUAGGGUUAAGAAAUGGAGAUGAGUACACGGCUAAUGAUGCCCCUUCAGUUGACCUCUCUCUGAAGAUGCCUCUUCAGAAGGUGGGGGUGUUUGUGAAUUACGAAGAUGGUCUUGUUUGCUUUUACGAUGUAGAUUCUGCAGAUCUUCUCUACGCCUUCACUGACUGCUCCUUCACUGAGAAACUCUUUCCAUACUUUAGUCCCUGUACUAAUGACAACGGUAGAAACUCUGGCCCUUUGAUCAUAUGUCCUGUCAAUCGCAACAAUUAGAUUACUCAUGCUGUCAUUUAAAAGCCUCAAAACCCACAGAGCUGUUUUGUAUUAUUCCAGUUGAGUUGUGACAAAACCACACACAGCGCCAGUAAGAAUAAUAAAAGUCUGUAUCGACUGACCUUAAAGUACUAAGUGGUUUUUAACUGCUCAUGGUGCUAUAGCUUUGUGAGUCGUUCACACAUUUGUUUGUAUCUUGUAUUCAGUUGGCACCUCAAAAACCUUGAGUGUACAAUGAGUUUGAAGAGCUUUUAAAAUAGAAUACCGACUUUGUAUUUCAAACUCUGCAGAAUUUUAUUAUUGCUUCAUUUGUUUAUUUUUAUUUUUUAUAUAUUCCAUUGCUGCGUUUAUCUUUUAUUGAUUACACUUGUCAAAUGUGGACACAAAUGCAUAAUGAAUGAAGGUUGACUGAUUGACUGAAUGAACAUAGGAACUGAUGGAAAUGUUUGUUUACUUAUCAAGAGCUUUUGUUUUAAGUUGUGUUGAGAAACAACAGAAAUCAUAUUUUCAAGGUAAAUUUUUCUACUGUAAUUUAACUCUCUCAAAUGGAAUCAAUGUAAUGUAAUUAUUUUGUCAUUAUUUUCUGAGAAUGUGAAUUAA